AUGUCCAGCAUAAACUCGAAAUUCUGUACAAAUGCUCAGCCUAACCAAGGAAUGUGCGAUAAGUCAGAUUCUACCUUGUUGCCCGAUGUUACUCCCGCGAGCGUAGAAUUCAAAACAGUUCCUACUAAGGCUUUGGCUGCUGACGACCAUACAAUUGAGCUCGCUGGUCCCGAAAAAGUUUCGGAAAGGGAGGAUUCUAACCAGCAUGUCGCCAUCUCCAACAACGAUGAAGGAUCGAACGACACUAUUCCAGGAAUGGCUGAAACUGACCCUGGUGCUUCUAUGAACAAGAAGGCAAACGGUCGCGUACGGGCGCCUGCAAUUCUCGGUCUCAAUGGAAGGCCGUUGAAAGCGCGUACAAUGAAGAAGCUGAAGCUUAGGAUGGUUCAAGAAGCAGAAUCUCGAAUAGCCAUAGGUGAUAGGAGCAUGGGCUCACUUCAAGCAAAGAAUUCGGAAAUUGCUGGCACUGAUAGAGAAAAGUCUUCGGUCAAGCUGAGCAGCAACGCAUUCAAGAGGUUGAAACGUCGCCAAGCUCAAGGAGAAGAACAUUAG